AUGGAUAAAUACCAUCCUGGUUACUUUGGUAAGGUCGGUAUGCGUCAAUUCCACUUGAAAAACAACGUCAACUGGCGUCCUGUUGUCAACCUUGAUCAAAUCUGGACUCUCGCCGGUGAAGGUGUUCGUGAGCAAUACAAGAACACCGAGAAGGUCCCUGUCAUCGAUGCCCUCCAAAAGGGUUACGGUAAGGUUUUGGCCAAGGGCACCAUCUCUCAACCCGUCAUCGUUCGCACCCGUUUCGUCUCUCGCCUCGCUGAGAAGAAGAUCAAGGAAGCUGGCGGUGUUGUUGAGCUCAUUGCUUAA